CGGUGCACGCUGAAGGGCCCAUACAACCGCCAAGAAUGUCAGCUACACAGCGAGUACAGCAAUGGGCAACGUUUGCAAGAGCAUGGCACAUAUUCGACUGCACCUGGCAAAACCCUUUCGAGGCAGCAUCAUUGAUAAGAAAACAUUUAAUGGGGCUGCACAAACCCAUUUACCACCCUAUGAAUGAUUGCGGUGAUCAUGUUGUCGUCGUCAAUACUUCCGAGAUCGCCCUUCCCGGAGAUGAAUGGAAAAAGCGGGCUUACUUUCACCACACUGGGUAUGCUGGGGGAGCGAGCUGGACUCUUGCGUGGCAACUUCACGAAAAAGAUCCUACGAUGAUAAUGAAAAAAGCCAUUUAUCGAGCAAUGAAAGGCAAUCUUCAGCGUCGCCAUACCAUGCAGAGGCUACAUUUGUUCAAGGACAGCGACGUGCCGAAGGAAAUCUUGGAAAAUGUCACCAACCACAUACGCCAACCUCGCCGUGUUCCGGAACGGUUGGAUCUCAUCGAUCCAAAGCUUGUGCAAGAAUUUCCCAAGCUCAUGGACUAUCCAAAGGAUUACAUUCUCCGAUGAACGCAUUUCAACCAUGCUCACGAUAACGUAGUGAUGAUAGUCGGCAAAUAAUAACAACCAGUUAAUUAUUACC